GGAAAUGGAAUCACCCACUCGUACAUCACAAAAGAUUAAGGGUCUGCCAAUUAAGAAAAGAGGCAUCCCUGACCUACUUCAAAAUCAGUUUCUCACCUCUCUUGAUCUCAAUCAACCAGCACAAAUUGAACUGCAAGAUCAAUAUAAUUUUGAGGUUGAACCAUCAAUGAUGGAAAUACAAAAAGGAAGUAUCGUUGAGUCAAAGGUGAACGAGAACAUUGACCCAUUACAGAAAUUUUCAUCAUCAUCAAGAUUGAGCUAUGACAAUUUGCAAAAUGCUAUGAGAUUUAAAACAUUGGAUUUUGAACUUGGUGGCAACACCAAACAUGAUCUACCAUCAAUUGGUGUGAUGGGAUGUACAUUUUACUUGAUGUUUGUGAUUGCUUCUAAAGCUGACCCCAAAUGUCCACGGUGCAAAAAGAACCUGAUGGUUAUUGACAAUGUAUAAGUGAAUUGCGCAAAAAAAUGAAGAAAACAUUAUGUUUAAGUAAUUUUUUA